AUGAACCCGUGUGUGUUGGCGACGCAGUCCCAUCGUCAGCAGCCUCGCCAGCAGUUCGACUUGCAGUGCAGUCAGCUUCGGAACUACAUCGCCGGACUUGAAGGCCUCCAGAAGAAGUUGCAAGACAUGCCGGACUCCAUCUUGAAAAUGGACGUGCAGAAUGUGAUCUACCGGUACUUUGCGGACAGUGCACGUUUGUUCAAAAAGAUCCAGCACAGCAUCCGCAGUGGAGAAGCCGAGCUGUCAGUGGUUAGUGAUGGUGAAGAGCCACAUGCCGACGACUUGCAGAGAGCUUUUGAGGAGUUUCUCGAGGCAGUGGAAGCUUUCAGUUCUUGGACACAGGCUAACAGAGCUGCAGCUGGAGAUAAUCUCAAGGACAGGUUUGACAAGGAAGCUCGUGAUGAAAAUAAAACGGCAGCCGCCGGUGUUGCAGCUGUCGCCGCAGCCGGGGGUGCCGUGGCUGCUACUGCCCUCCCAGGCGUCGGCUGUCCUGCUGUCGUCCUUGCUUUCUUCGGCGCCGGCGUGCUGGGUGGCGGUGGCAUGCUGGCGCAACCGCUGGGCAGCUGCGCAGGUUCGCGCAAAGAGCCCCGCGAAGCGGUGAUGUCAUCUUGGCAUGACACUGCACGGGUGGAAGGGGACAUCCUUGCAUUCCUAUCGUGUUGGCCGGCGGGGUUCCACAAGCUGUCAUUCUCGUUGGCUUUGCAGAGAACCAGAGACCUCAGAGAUGAGUUGGACCGUUUUCUGCAGCUCCUGCAGAUGGAGGGCUUGAUCUUUGAGCCGUGCAGCAGGUCAUCCAGGUUCCAGUGA